UGUCGCCGUAGUGAGCAUAAACAUUUUCCAGCAGCUGUUGCCGUCUUUUUACUUUACUUGCAGAUCUCACGAGUAAGCGCUUACUUAAACCAAAAGUCAAAAGGAUCCAUUUUCUGCAGCACAUAACAUCAUGGAACCUCUCAUAAAAAUCAACCCAGGAGCAACAAAAUGGGAUAUUCGUCAAAGGAUUUGGGACUACAUCGAAGACAAAAACCUGGCUAACUUCCCCAGGCCCGUUCACCACAGAAUCCCGAAUUUUAAGGGUGCGGUUCAAGCAUGCGACAGGCUCACAGUCCUGCAGGAAUUCAAGUCCAGCCAGACAAUCAAAAUAAAUCCAGACAGACCUCAACAGCAUGCUCGCUUUGUCACACUGGAAGCACACAAAACUUUAUUGGUGCCAACUCCUCGUCUUCGCUCUGGCCUUUUUAACAAGAUAGUUCCUCCGCAGGGGGCCAGCAAAGAACAGCUGCGUAUAUGCUCCACCUCUCAGGGCGUGAAAGAAUUUAGCGUGCCAAUCGAUCUGGAUGCCAAAGUCAAGGUUGACCUUGUGGUCGUUGGUUCUGUGGCUGUGUCAGAGAAAGGUUUUCGCAUUGGAAAAGGAGAAGGCUUUGCUGACUUGGAGUAUGCAAUGAUGGCCUCAAUGGGAGCUGUGGAUGAGUCCAUUGUGGUGGUCACUGUCGUCCACGACUGUCAAGUGGUGGACAUUCCCGAAGAACUCAUGGAAAGACAUGAUUUGUCUGUGGACUACAUACUCACACCAAGCAGAGUCAUUAAAACAAACUGCCUGUCUCCGAAGCCCGAAGGAAUCAUUUGGACUAAGCUGGAUACAGACAAGCUGGAGAAGAUCCCCAUCCUGAAGAAGCUCCUGGCUCUGGAGGAGCAAGCAGGGAAGGACGUUACCUUGGGCGUGGCUCCCCCCCCGGCCGAGCCUGUCUCGCAACCAGGUCCCCCCAAAAAGCAAAGCAGGCGCAGGCUGAGGCAGAAAGCAGCCCGUCAUGAUGCCCACGAAGAGUCCAAGGAGGAGAAAGGUGUGGAGCCACAAUUGAACGCUGGACCGCGUCUAGCUCGCGUAAGAAAAGAAAGUAGAGGAAAUGAGGUGGAGGGCGCCGAAAGGCGGAGAAGGAAGGGACGAAGUGGACGCAACCUGAAGGAGAAGACUCCAGAGGAUACUGGGGGUGAAGAUCUGACUCCUAGUAAGAUGCCUCCCAGUGUGACCACAGUGUAUCUGGGUGGGAUCCCCACAGGGCUGCGUGUCAGCGAGCUGAAGACAUCCCUGCGUGAGAGGGAAGCGGCGCCUCUGAGGCUCACCUGGCAGGGAGCGCAGCACCGCGCCUUCUUGGACUACAGCAACCCGGAAGCUGCAGCGAAAGCCCUGGAGGCUCUACAGGGGCUCACCUUGAAUGGUCACAGUGUGCAGGCCGAGCUGGCCAAGAGCCAACGGCGCAGCAAGAGGCCCGGCCCGUCCAAUCGGAAAGCCGAACCGGCAGCGGCUCCCGCAUCUGAUGUAGAAGUGGUGGAUUCCAAGAAUGAAGCCCACGAGCAGACUGAGCAGUAAAAGCAGAAAUGUAACUGCGCUAACCUUGAAAUGCCUUAUAACACUUUUGGUUUGGGUUUAUCGAUAAAAAUGGAUUGCAGUAGAGCCCUAUUUUAUAUUAAGCAAAAUCUAAAUACAUUAUGCAACAAUAGCACAUCUAAAUGUGAAGAUUCUCCUUUUUUUUUAAAAGUUAAAUAAUUGAAAAGCCCAGCAAGCUAGUGAUUAGAUUCUCUGCCUCACAAUCUCUCCAUAUGUAUGAUCUCCGCGUGUUGCAAAAACAAGCACCUUGCCCAGUCCAGUUCCAAAAUCCCAGUUGGCGAGCUUCACGAUUAAAGGCCAAGAGAUGCAAAUAGCACCACCGUGCGGCCAAAUUGUAUAUAAACAACUCCCCGCUUUCCACUACACGACUUUGUCCAGUCUGACAUUUCAAUUCAAUGGCCAGCCAAUGCAAGAGCUGAAUCAGCAAAUCUUUCUAUACAAAGAUAAAAAUGCAGUUUGGAUCGAGAAUAUGAUAGAGGUAUUAAUUUUACAAUAUAUUCAUUGUAGUUUGUUUGAAUUCAUAUUAGCGACCACUGCCAUGCAUGCUCUAUACGAUCCUGUAAACUUCAACCUUAUUUAUUUGGCAGUGAAUAAAACAUUGUUAAAUCAAGGUCAUUAUUUUUGGACAUCAAGGACAUUAUUUUUGUCUAGACAUAGCUCAUUUGUUUAUUGCCUUUAUCAGAUUGAGCAGCAUGCAUAAGAGCCACUGUGUGUCAUUGUUAAGAUUGUCACAUUUAUUGAAUGGAUAAAUACUGUAUUGUAUAUCUGCAAUGUAAUCACCAAAAUUGUUUGGUUGUCCACAUCUUAUCUGACAUAAGUGAUUUAUUUCAUUGAUUAUGACUUUUACAUACAGUUCAUAAUUCAUCCAAUAAAUUGUACCUACUGAUAUAGUUGGUUAACCGUGACUGAUUUUCUGUUAAGUCUAUCAGAGUGCUAUAAUGUUCAUUAACUGAUCAUAUUUCUGCAAUAGAAUGUAACACAACUAUUGAGAGCACUUCAGAAUGUUUUUUUCCCCCUUCUAAUGUCAUAUUUUAAUAAAAUAAUCCCUCCAUAAAGUUGAA